GGACUUGUAAUUUCUCCUUCUUUGUACGGUUAACUUCUCAAGAUGCAGCAUUUAAAAUUUCUGGUUUCAUUUUUUGGUCUUAUCUGUGCAUUAGGUGUUGAAUGCUCAAACUAUAAAGCAAAGACUGAUAAUGACAUUUUUCAAGGAUACUUUGAAGGGGAUAUCAUUGGAAUCUCUCACGAAAACGACAGAAAUGCUGUAGUUGCAGAGAAAAGGAAAUGGCCUAAUGCUGAAAUUCCUUUCGUGAUUGACUCCAAAUUGAAGAAUGUAAGGCCCAUGAUCAGAGCAGCUAUGAGUCACAUCAUGAACGAAACCUGCAUACGUUUUGUGAAACGAAAAGAAGAAACUCAGUAUUUAAAUAUAGUGCGAGGAAAUGGGUGCUACUCUCAUGUUGGAAAAACAUCGGGGUGCCCCAGCCCCUGUCUCUUGGGCCUCAAUGCUGGCAGUUUGGAACAGUUUUGCACGAACUUGGACAUGCAAUUGGCUUCUUCCACGAACAUUCCCGUUCGGAUCGGGAUGAUUACAUUGACAUUCAUUACGAAAACAUACAACCAGGUAUGGAGUACCAAUUCGUUAAGAUGAAUCCGAAACAGCACGAACUGCUCACAGCCAUUCGAUUAUGAUUCGAUAAUGAUGUACGGUGAAACUAUCUUCAGCAAGAAACUGA